AUGGACGCUCCGCUUGGAUUUUUACCUGAUGGCCCGGUUUAUUUGCAGUUGACCGUCUACUUAACCUUUGCAAUCUCAUUACUAUUAUUCUUCUGCGCUUUAAUCAACUUUAUAACAACCUUCCGCUACUAUAGACACAACUUGAGCAGACAAGUCUUAGAUGGAGGAGUAUUGUCGCUUGGAUUCUUCUUCAGCUGCGUAUUAACCUUGUUAUCCUUGGCAAUACCAUGGGUUUAUUGCGCAGCGCAUCUGCACGAUGUGCUACGGAUAAAAUAUUUGUUGGGAAUAUUGUUGGGGGCACACACUUUGUUUUGGAUGUCAUUUGGAGUCAAAUUGUUCUUCACAAGAUACGAAAAAGUCGAGUCAAAGUUCACCUUGAUCUUCAGUGUGGUCUACAUGGUUUUGUUGAUUGUGCCGGUGUUUAUGGGCGAUAUAUUUGUGAAAUUGUGAGUUUAAAAGUUUGAUUAUAUUGUUGGUUUUUAGUGACGUGCACAGUGUGUAUGGAAAAGUGUACAUCUUCCAGUUUUUGAGCGCUUUUCUUCUGUUGAUCGGAGUUUUCUUUGGAUGGAAUCGACCAAAAGCUUCAGAUUCGGUAUGUUUCAACUUUACUUUGACUUAAAUUAGUUCUAAAACAUGCUUACUUAUCUACUGGAGCUUUUCCACAAAAAUAUUUAAGGCUAAAGCAUCUUAUAUUACCUAAACUUAUCUAUUUAGGGACUGGCCGAGUUCUACAAGAAAUCCGAGCUGAUUGCCAAGUAUAUGUGGCCAAAAGAAGCUCAUAUGGUUAAGCUUCGUAUCUUCCUAUGUUUCUUAACUAUAAUAGCUGGUCGGAUUAUUAACAUUAUUGUUCCAUUAUACAGUAAAUGGAUUGGUAAGUUGAAUAUGAUCAAAUUUAUAUUAUUCAUGUUUAGUUGAUGCUCUCACUGGACCGGAUCGUUAUUUUUGUUGGGGCCUGAUUUUGGUAGCGUCGAUUUUGAAGUAUCUACAGGGAAAUGGAGGUAUGUGCUUUGUUUUUGUUGAUUUUUAGGUGUUGGUUUUGUGAAAUAUUGAAGUUAUGAGGUAUUUUUGGAGGUAUACUUUUGGUGGUCAAAGAUAAUAAAGUUUCUGUGGUUUUAAGCGGUUUUUUUAUCUGAAUUUGUUGAAAAGUGAAUAUUUGGUAUGAAAUUUGAUAAAAAUAAUACAUUUUUAAAUUGGGUCUUUUAUAAAAUGGCACUUUUUAGCUAUGGGAGGCUUCCUAAACACUAUAAGAUCAGUUGUAUGGUUAUCAGUCCAACAAUUUACUACAUUAACUAUCGAGACUGAAGUCUACAAACACUUGCUUCUUCUACCGUAUUCUUGGCAUAUCAACCGCAAAUCGGGCGAAGUUUUGAAAAUUAUUGACCGAGGAACUUCAUCCAUUGACAACUUCCUUAAUUACCUUCUUUUCAACAUUGCACCAACAAUCAUUGACAUUAUAUUAUCCAUCUUCUUCUUUGUAUCAGUAUUUGACAUUUACUUUGGCAUAUUGGUUACGGUAACAAUGGUGGGUUACAUGGUGGUGACGGUAUAUGUGGCACAAUGGAGAGUCAAAUUCAGGAGGGAGAUGAAUGUGGCGUCGAAUGAGAGUUCGGCCGUUGCAUUGGAUAGUUUGAUCAACUACGAGACGGUCAAGUACUUUUGUAAUGAAGAACUUGAGAAUGAGAGGUACAAAAAGAGUAUCGUCAAGUAUCAAGAUUGCGAGAGGAAGGCAUUAUAUUCUCUACAGUUUUUGAACGGUCUUCAGAACUCGAUUCUUGGCAUAGCUAUCCUAAUUGGCAGUGUCAUGAUGGCCUAUCAAAUCACACUUCCAAAUUCAAGGUUAUCAGCUGGUGAUUACGUUCUGUUCACUACGUAUCUACUACAACUUAGUGUACCAUUGAACUUCUUUGGUACUGUAUACAAUAUGAUUCAAAGAAGCUUCACGGACAUGGAGAACAUGUUUUCAUUGUUGGCAGAACCAGCUGAAUUUUCAGACGAUGCCAACAGCUACAAUAUUGAGAAUUACAGAGGGUUGAGGAUGGACAACGCCAAGUUUCAAUAUGUCAACGAUCGGUUGAUCCUGGACAAUGUUAGUUUUUCCGUGGCUGAAGGAAAGUCUGUUGCGUUGGUGGGAGCGUCUGGAAGUGGAAAAUCAACGAUUAUACGGUUGUUGUAUCGCCUUUAUGAUGUUAACGAAGGUAAGGGAGAAAAGUUUAAUUUUUUGAAUUUUUUAAAGUCGGAUAUAACAUUUAUUUUUAAUAACAAAGUAAAAUACGCCAUCCGGACCGAUAUAUUUGUUGUGAAACUUACUAGGAGACCUAUUUUAUAACUUUAAAAAGAUUUAUCUUAACUUUGAACAAUUAUUUUAACGUCUUUUAAGUACAUUUUAAUAGCCAGACCAUACUAUAAGGUCUAUUCCCGCUUUUUAUAGGGCUAUAUAUUUUAUUAGAUGAUGGUUAAUAUAAAUUUAAUUUUCGGUGCGAAAAAACAAUUUUUUUGUAAAAUACGAAUUGGCCAAUUGAAAUAGAACCAUGCACAGUAUUUUAAAGGCAUAAAAUGGCACUUUACUGAUAACAUAACCUUAAAAUGGCACAAAAACGACUGAAAAUGUAUAUUAUUUUAGGAUGUGUUUCAAUGGGUGGAAUGGACGUGAAAAUGUUGAAUCUACGACAACUUCGAAUGUCAAUGGGAAUUGUACCCCAAGAUUGUGUCCUCUUCAACGAGACCAUCGAAUACAACAUCAGAUACGGUCGGCCGGACGCUACUUUCGAAGAAGUUGAGAACGCGGCCAAAGCGGCUCAAAUUCACGAAUUCAUAACCAGACAACCGCUCGGAUACAAGUGUGUUGUUGGUGAACGAGGGCUGAAGCUGAGUGGAGGAGAGAAACAAAGAGUUGCCAUUGCUAGAACGAUACUGAAGGAGCCACAUUUUAUCUUUUUGGAUGAGGUAGGGCAGUUUUUUUUUGCGUGUACCGGCCGGGCAAUCUUUUUUUUUUGAGGCUUAGGGGUCUUUUCAUUGUUUUUUGGGUUUUUACUGUACCAUUCUUUGAAAAAAUACUCCGCCUUACACUGGUUGAAGGUGUACUUCAAUUUUUCAUAAAUUCGUACAAAAAAUUAAAAAAUAAUAUCAAAAAUGCAUUUUUACAACCGAAAUUUUAGGCAACAUCAUCUCUGGACUCAAAAACCGAGCGUCAAAUCCAAUCGGCUCUAAUGGAGCUCUGCAAAGGCAAAACCGCAGUAAUCGUAGCCCAUCGCCUUUCCACCAUUGUAAACGCGGACAAAAUCGUAGUAUUGGAUCAUGGCCAAGUCCUCGAGGAAGGCAGUCAUCAAGAACUGCUGGCCAAACAAGGCACAUACGCCAAAAUGUGGGAACUACAACAAGGUGAUAUUACCACUCAAAACUCGUCAAACGAUCUAAAACUAGAUGCCCAGUGA